AUGAACCAUCCGCAGGAAGGAGUUGUCUAUGGCUACACCGAGCUCACCUACGUGUCCACCGCCGGCCCUCCCCCGUACCCUCCUCCUCCGCCGCCGCCGCCGCCUCCACCACGCCGCCGCCUGAGCCUGUUCUGCAUCCUGGUCAGAGCCUUCAUCGGCGUGUGCUUCUUCAUCGGCGCCCUCGCGCUCCUCAUCUGGCUCAUCUACCGGCCCCGGACGAUCCAGGUCGCCGUCGCCACGGCGACGCUCUCAGGCUUCGACCUCAACACCACCGCGUCGAUCACCCCGGUGCUCUCCUACAACCUCACGGCGGCGCUGGCCGUCACGAACCCCAACCGGCGCGUGUCCAUCUACUACGACCAGCUCCAGGCGGUGGGGCUGUACCAGGGCGUGCGCUUCGGCCGCGCCACGCUGCCGCUGUCGUUCCAGGGCACGAGGCGCACGGACGCGGCGCCGGCGCUGCUCGCGGGCAGAUCGCUCGUGGACCUGAACGCCGACGCGUUCGGCGAGGACAGCAGGACGGGGGUGUUCCCCGUGGACCUGUGGGUGGAAGGGAUGGUGCGGUACAAGUUCGGCGAGCUGACCACCACCACGGCGAGCACGCUGAAGGUCAAGUGCCACCUGGCUCUGAAGCUGAUGGUGGCGUCGGGUUGGGUCGAUUGCACUGUCAUCGACUUUUGA